GGGGAGGGGCUCAGUGGGGACGAAUUCAGGUCACAGGGCUCGGUGACGUGACCACCCGAGGGCGGGGGAGGGCGUAGCCCCGAGCUCCACCCCAGAGAUUAGGGGCCACAAACUGAAGCCUGAGAGGCGGGGCCUCAUCGGUCCCCAAGGGUCCUCGGAGAGUCAGGGGUCAGUCCUGGGGUUCAGUUGAGCGUCCCUCACCCGGGCCGCGCGGCCGAACGUGCGGCCUGCUGUCAGGGGUGGGCGGGUUACCAAGGGCGCCUCCCGGGGCCCCUGGACCCUCGACCCCUAGUCCCCCGGUCAGAACCGCCGCUCACAGUUCUCUCUGCGACAGGGCGGCCACCGGGCUGCCCAGUCGUCAAAGAUGGGCUGCUUCAGGAGCAGCCCUGGGACCCAGGAAGGGGAGCGCACACCCUCCCUAGCUGCUGUUUUUGUCCUGCGAAUACGUAUAAAGUAGGUGCUUUGCCCUGGACCAAAGCGGGUGUUUACCUGCUCCCUCACCUGUCUCAGGUGCGCACCUCGCUAGACUGGUCCCUGCCCUGGGAGGCGGAGCCGAGCAGGGAGCGCCCUUCCUCUUCCUGGGUAGGUGUCCGCAGCUCGAGGGGCGCCGGAGCGGAGGAGGCUCGGGGUCACAAGUCACAGGCCACAGGAGGCUGGAUGUGCCAAGUCCCCGGGGCCUCUUGGCUCCAGACGCCCCUUUGAGGCCAGCACCGGAUCCCCUAAUCCCACUUAUUUGAAAUGGGCCCCCGGCUGAGCUUCCUCAGGAGGGACAGGCAGGUCAUCGCGUGGCCAGAGCCCACCUGGCCGCAGGCCCUGGAAAGUGCUUCCCACAGUCCCUUCCGCUCAGGAACCAGAGCCCCCAGAGCUGCGAGGACCCCGCCCCUGCUGCAGCCAGGCUCCCGCCACGCCCAGACCCCAGCUGCCAGGCGCCAGCAUCCCGAGGGCCCGGCCUGGUGGGACAGGGCUCUGUCCCCUGGGCUGGGCCUCACCUCCCGAGGGAGCGCUGCAGCCCUUCCAGACACCCUCCUGAGGGCUGCCUCGUUGACGGUGCCGUACAGGGGGAACACGCCGCCUUUAACCUGCUCUGGGUCCCCGUCUGCUGCACUUGCUCCAGUGAAUAACCCUAUACCUUCCAAUUUGAAAUCUGAAGCAAAGAAGGCUGCUAAAAUUCUAAGAGAAUUCACAGAAAUAACUUCCAGAAAUGGACCUGAUAAGAUCAUUCCUGCCCACGUCAUCGCGAAAGCCAAGGGCCUGGCGAUCCUGUCUGUGAUAAAGGCUGGAUUUCUGGUCACUGCCAGAGGAGGCAGCGGGAUUGUGCUGGCGCGUCUUCCAGAUGGAAAAUGGUCUGCACCUUCGGCCAUUGGCAUAGCUGGGCUUGGUGGAGGAUUUGAACUAGGAAUAGAGGUGUCAGACUUGGUAAUAAUUCUGAAUUAUGGCAGAGCAGUGGAAGCUUUUGCGAAAGGUGGCAACCUAACGCUCGGCGGGAACUGCACCGUGGCAGUAGGGCCCUUGGGGAGAUUUUAUUGUCAGGAUGUUCGAGCUUAUGACAUUUUAUUUGGAGAUAUACCACGACCUGCUCAAGCAGAAGAUCUUUACGAAGUCCUCGAUUCCUUUACUGAAAAGUAUGAAAGCGAAGGACAACGAAUCAACGCAAGGAAAGCAGCUCGGGAGCAGAAGAAAGCUCAGGCUAAAGAAUUGCCUCCAAAACCAUUGUCAAGACCCCAGCAAUCGUCUGCACAAGUCCAGCUGAACUCUGGCUCUCAAAGUAACAGAAACGAAUAUAAGCUCUAUCCUGAACUUCCCAGCUAUCAUGAGAGAGUUGGCAGUUUGAACCAACCCACAGAAGUGACAGCCCUGUAUUCUUUUGAAGGACAACAGCCAGGAGAUUUGAAUUUUCAAGCUGGAGACAGAAUCACAGUUAUAUCAAAAACGGAUUCACAUUUCGAUUGGUGGGAAGGAGAGCUUCGAGGUCAGACUGGCAUUUUUCCAGCCAACUAUGUCACCAUGAAUUAAGGUUUAUAUUGUUUUCUUCUUUGAAAAGUACAAUAAAAUGAUUGCUACGCUGGCAGGAUUUACUCUUCAGUCAAACAAUGUUUAAUAUAUAUUUUUAAAUACUUCUGUUUGUUCCAUAAACCUUAAUCAGUAUGUAAAAGUUUCUGGUCUUCUAAUAUAAAUAAAUGGUUAACUUACAGAUCCUUAAAUCCUUUCCACUGGGAGCUCCUGUCAUGGCUCAGAGGUAACGAACUUGACUAGCAUCCACAAGGACUGGGUUUGACCCCUGGCCUCGCUCAGUGGGUUAACGAUCCAGCGUUGCCGUGAGCUGUGGUGGUAGGUGGCAGACAGCUCAGAUCCCACAUGCUGUGGCUAUGCUGUAGGCUGGCAGCUACAGCCCCGACUCGACCCCUAGCCUGGGAACCCCCAGCCUGCAGCCCUGGGAAGACCAUAAAAUAAAAUAGUGCUUUCCACUAAUUGUUAUCACAUAUACUAUUUAAUAGCUAAUAUCCUCCAAUUAUAUGGUCACAUUUCUUUUGUGUUCAUUUUCAAACUUCACCGAACAUUUGAUUUGACUGUACCUGGUGACUUUAACUUGAGAGUCUCGAGAGGGGUAUAAAUAUCAAUUCAUAUAUUUGCAAAGCGAGGAGGAAAGAAAUCAGCUUAAAUGGGGCUAAUUAAGUAAUACUUGGAGUUAUAGGUAUUAACUAGAAUAUUAAUCCUUAAAUGUUGUCUCUAUACCUUCAGACAUUGCAUAUGCAUGUAUAUAUUAGAACUCUGUUGCACUGUAAUUCGACGACCACGCAUUAAAAAAAGACAUCUGUUAACUCGCCUUCUUUAUGAGGUUGUACUUGUUCAUUUGUAGCCGUAGAAUAAACUUAUGUUGACAUGGUUCCAA